GCGGGCUCAGUGUCUCACGGUCUCUGUCCCUCGUGGCUCCUCGGGACCGUCCCCGCGGCUGCCCGCAGGCCCGAGGCCCAGCCGCCCGGCUCCUCCUGCUCUCCGUCCCCCUUAUCCCGACGCCCCCCGCAGCGCCGGCCCGGGCCGGACCGCGGCCCUCUUGGCACGUGGCCAUGGGCCGCCUGGACGACCCGGCCAAGCGGAGGAUCGUGGAGCUGCGCAAGGCCGGGCUGAGCUUCCGCAGGAUCCAGAAGGUGCUGGAGCUGGACAACAUCCGGGUGACGCCCCAGGCUGUCUACCUCUUCCUGAAGCGCAAGAACCUGAACCCCCGCCCCGCGCAGCCCCUGCAGUUCCCGCACGUCCACGGAGGCCGGGGCGGCCGGAGGGCCGGGCCCGGGGACGAGCGUGAGCCGGAGGGCGAGGGCCCGGGCGGCGAGGAGGGCAUCCGGAUCGUCAGCGUCACCUCACUGAGUCGGGGCGGGGACGCCCUCGGCGACGACCCCGGCCCGCCCAAGGGAUGCCCUGACCCGACCCCCGCCAAUAGCGACCCCUGCCCCGCCGCCAUCGGCCAGGGGGACAGGCUGACCGCUAUCCGGCCGGGCCCUGCCACCCCCGCGAGCCGGGGACGCGGACCGCUGCUGACCCCCAGGAGCCCCGCGCUCAUCGUCCGGAAGAAGAUCGUGGACCGAGCCCUCCUCCUCCAGAAGAAAGCCGGCGUCCACAACCAUCAGGGGGGCUCGAGCCCCUCCCCGCUCCCGCCUCUGCUCGUGGGGUCGCAGCCCACCGGGCCCUGCGGGAGCCUGACGGCCCUGCCUCGCCCCUUGGGGCCCAGCCCGCAGGUGAAGGACGUGGGCACCCAGACAGGCCCUGGCCCUCUCCCGCCCUGGGCCGGCCGGCGGGGCGGCGAAGGGGCUCCGGCGGCGGGCAGCGCCCGGGGCCUGUGGCAGAAACUGGAGACGCUGCAUCGGGACGUGCAGGCCCUGCUGCAGGGGCUGCAGGGGCUGAGCGAGCGGCAGGGCCGGCUGGAGCGGCAGCAGGAGCAGCAGCGGCGCUGCCAGCGGGAGACCCUGGCCACCCUGCAACAGCUCAGUGGGGCCCUGACCGCGGGGGCCUCGGCCGGGGUGACCGGGGACCCCCCCGCCUCCACGCUGCCCGGCUUCAGCCAGUUCAAGAUGGAGCUCCUGUGACCGGCUGGGGCCCGGCCGGCGGCCCCGUCCACAGGGAGGGUCACUGGGCCGGAGCAGCGGACGCGGGCGACCGCCUGGACGUCUCCGUAUAAAGCGAGCACCGCGCAGCCCUCUUGCCCUCCGCUCUCUUUCUUUCCAGGCCCCCGGCCCCAGCCCGUGACUCGGGACGAGAGCCCGCCCGCCCCAACGGUCGGCUUCGUGGCCCCGGCCUGGACCGCAGGGGAGCGGGGUCGGGGCAGCCACUGUGUCUCUACGUGUUGCCAACUUGUACUUCCCAAGCGCUUAGUCCAGUGCUCUGCACACAGUAAGCGCUCAAUAAACACGAUUGAUUGAUUGAUUGUGAACAGCCAGUGCCAAGGGCCCGCCGUCCAGCCUGUGAGCAAGGAAACUGACCCCUCCGACCCACCUCAGGGAUGGGCAGCGCAGGGCGGCCCCACCUGAGGUCCAGAAAAAGGAGGGACACGGAUGAUGAGACCGGAGAAAGGGAUGGUCUCCUCAUCUCAAUCAU